AUGAAAAUGGUAGCUUUAAAGAAGUUCACUGCUCUACUACCCAUCCAAUGGGCAAGCCUUGCUGCAGGCCAACCUUUAUCAGCUGAAAAUGACACCCUCAAAUAUGUCAAUCCCCUCAUCGGCUCCACCAACGGCGGCAAUGUCUUCGCAGGCGCAAGUCUCCCCUACAGCAUGGCCAAAGCCGUCGCCGACGUCGACGGCCAGAACACCGGCGGCUUCGCGACAGACGGCAGCCAUGUCAUGGGGUUCUCGAGCCUGCACGACUCUGGCACGGGGGGUAAUCCCUCGCUGGGCAAUUUUCCCCUCUUCCCGCAGUAUUGCCCGGACGAUGUGCUGGAUAACUGCCAGUUCCCCAAAGCUUCGCGAGGGGUGCACUAUGUCAAUGAAUCGGUUGUUGCGCGGCCGGGGUACUUUGCUCUUGCCCUGGAGAAUGGGAUCCGGGCUGAGACGACGGUGUCGGAGCAUGCGGCGCUGUACCGAUUUACCUUUCCACCGCGCAGGGCGCAGGACGGGUCGGAGCUCAGUCCGCUGAUUCUGGUUGAUUUGACGGAUGCGUGGGAUAGUCGGCAGAAUGCGUCCAUCAAGGUGGAUGCUGAGAAUGGUCGGAUCACGGCCAAUGGGACGUUCUUGCCUAGUUUCGGGGCCGGGUCGUAUGUCUCGUACUUUUGUGCUGGUUUCGGGGGUGCGGGUGUGAAAGAUAGUGGGAUUUGGGUUAAUGAUCGCGCGGGGACCGAGCCUCAGGAGCUGUUUGUCACGCGGGGAUUCAAUCUGUUUUAUCUGCAGGCUGGUGGGUUCAUGAGAUUCAGACGGCCUCAGGAUGGAACGGUUAUUGUGCGGGUUGGGGUGAGCUUCGUCAGCUUGGAGAAGGCGUGCGAGAAUGCAGAGAACGAGAUUCCUCAUCCUGAUGACGACUUCGAUACGUUGAGGCAACAGGCCGAGAGUGCUUGGCGGGAGAAGCUCAGCCCUAUCUCUGUACAGGCGGGAGGCGUGACUGAAGACUUUCUCGAGAGUUUCUGGAGUGGUGUGUAUCGGACCAUGCUGUCUCCUCAGGACUUGACGGGCGAGAAUCCGCUCUGGCGCAGUGAUGAGCCGUACUAUGAUUCCUUCUACUGUAUCUGGGAUUCCUUUAGGGCCCAGCACCCGUUGCUCACCAUCGUUGACCCUGUCGCACAAUCGCGGAUGGUGCGAAGUCUCCUCAAUACCUACAAGCAUGAAGGUUGGUUACCGGACUGUCGUAUGAGUCUUUGCAAGGGCUGGACGCAAGGCGGAUCCAACGCAGAUGUCGUCCUGGCAGAUGCUUUUGUAAAGAACCUUACCGGGAUCGAUUGGAACCUCGCGUAUGAAGCCAUGGUCAACGAUGCGGAGAACGAGCCCUUGGAGUGGUCGUACGAAGGCCGAGGUGGCCUGCAGAGCUGGAAGCGUCUGAACUACAUUCCUUACCUGGACUUUGACUACCUGGGCUUUGGGACCAAUUCCCGCAGUAUCUCACGUACUCUAGAGUAUUCCUACAACGACUUCAGCCUGGCCACGGUUGGACGAGGUCUGGGAAAGAGCGGCUAUACCAAGUAUCUCUCUCGAGCGAGCAACUGGCAAAAUCUCUACAAGCCAGACCAACAGUCCCUGAUCAAUGGAACCGACACGGGCUUCGUUGGCUUCUUCCAACCAAAGUACCUCAACGGAACAUGGGGCUACCAAGAUCCUAUCGCCUGCAGUGCCCUGGCAUCAUGGUGCUCGCUAACCUCCAAUCCUUCCGAGACCUUCGAGUCCAGCGUCUGGGAAUACCAAUUGUACGUUUCCUCCUCCCAAACCCAACCCACCUUCAAGCCACUGACAAAAAGCCCCAGCUACGUCCCCCACGACAUGGCCACCCUGAUCCGCCUCCUCGGCGGCCCAGACACCUUCAUCUCCCGCCUCGACUUCUUCCACACCUCCGGCCUAGCGGAUAUCGGCAACGAGCCUGUCUUCCUAACUGUCUUCCAAUACCACUACGCCGGCCGGCCUGCCCUCUCUGCCGCCCGCGCGCACGCCUAUAUCCCCUCCUCGUUCAACGCCUCCACAUCCGGACUCCCCGGUAACGACGACUCGGGCGCCAUGGGCGCCUUCACCGUCUUCGCGAUGAUGGGCCUCUUCCCCAACCCCGGGCAGAACGUGUAUCUUAUCAUCCCGCCGUUCUUCGAGGCGGUUAGUAUCACUCACCCUUUGACGAACAAGACCGCGACGAUAAGGAAUGUCAAUUUCGAUUCCUCCUACCGGAGGAUAUAUAUCCAGAGCGCGAGGCUGAACGGGGAGCCGUAUAGCAAGAAUUGGAUUGGCCAUGAGUUUUUCACGGAGGGGUGGACGCUCGAGUUGACGCUGGGUGAGGAGGAGAGUGACUGGGGGACUGGCGUGGGUGAUCUGCCGCCGAGUUUGGGGGAGAGCAUGAAUCUAUGGACUUGA